AUGCUCGAACUACGCAAGCUCUAUUUUGAAGACCGAGUCACCGCAACUGUGUACCAACACGAGGAAGAUGCUGUGUGUGCACCUUCGGUCUUUGAUCCUGUGUCACCAUGUGGAAUGAUUCAACAACAAAUACGAUGGAUCAUGCGAAUAGCAGCCGCACUUUGCACUAUCAGUAGCAUCAUUGAUACUGGCACGGACCCCAUCUUUCGAUCAAUUCAGCUAUUACAUUGGGCUAUCUGGUGGCUCGUGCUUUGGUUGGUCAAAGGAGGAAAAGAAAGCGACAAGAUGAUCCGUUGGGGACAAUACAACAUCAUAGCAACGAUGACGACAAUGUAUUUCUUGUUGAAUGAUACACCAACGACAUUAUCAUGGAUCAUGCUGGCCAUGAGUCUCGGUUGCUUUGUUACCACAAAUCGUGUCGCCAUGGCAAUGAAUACCUUUGUCAACAAUCAACAACCUUCACAGCAAGACAACGAAUAUUGUUUUAUGAUGGCAUCACCCGCAGCGUCUACGUCAUGGAUCGAGCAACCAACCAACAAUCAAAGUGAAGAGCUUGAAUCCUUUUCUCGAGAACUACAAGAGGCUGCUCGCAUGGUGAUCACAACACUGGAGCAAUUUUCCCCUGCCACCAUCUUGACGAAUACCCACGAAUUGCUGAGUGCUUGUUCAAUUGCUGUACCGAUUGCCAGCAUCUCUGCCAUCCAUACAACAGCACAACAAAUUUGUUACAUUAGCCAUCAAUUGGAACCAGCAACCACCAUUGAUGAAGACUCUCCUUCCAACAACAACAACAAUCCAAUCGCGUUUGAUAUUGGUGAUCUCGUGCAGAAUGCAGCUGAUGCACUAGCUGGUAUGGCUGCCAAGCUGGAUGUCAAUUUGAUCUUGUAUCACGCGGACAAUGGAAUGCAUCACGCUAACGUUUUUGGUGAUCCUGAGCCUAUUCGACAUGCAUUACUCACGCUUGUUUGGAAUAUUCUCGAAGGGUGCACACCUGGUGCAUGUAUUGAGCUUGGAUUGAAUGUGACGCCUGGUUCAUCUACAUCCACCACAUCGCCAUUCUUAUCGGUUCCACAGCCGUUACACGUCAUCCUUGAGGUUAUUCAUACAGCAUCUCCAGCCAUCCCACACAGCCUUAGUCAUGCUUUACUACCAAGAACCAUAGCGACAGAGAGAUUGUUGACAUCGAUGGGUGGGCAAUUGCAUAUCAAUACAUUGGCAGAGAAUCGGACUCGAUAUGAAAUGACAAUUGAUAUGGAAAUGUCGCCAAGCAACCAACACCAGGGCCCAGCUGGGCAACGCAAAUUGUUACUCCUUGAUGAUCCCGGCAGCAGCUUUUCACUUUCCAACACCAACAAUGCAACGAGCACCAAACACCACCAUACAUCCUUCUCAAAAGAUCCAACAUUGAGUGAUUUGGCCAAGUUUAUUGAACGCUUAAAUGGCGUCAAAAUGGUGUUGCACGCACGUGAAAAAAGCGUAUUUGCUCGUCAUCUCACUAGUUGUCUUGCAAGCUGGAAUGCCGAUAUAAGCCAUGUGCCGGUGGGUGUUUUGACUGUACGUGAAUCGGAUGAUGAGGAGGAUAAUGAUGAUGCAAAGAAGAAACAAGAGCAGCCUGUUGUACCUUCACCAGCCAUUGCCGAGGAACAAUUGCAUUCAGUACCGCCUACGUUUAUUUUGAUUGAUGAUGAUAUUGAAACGCUUGAGAAUAAGCUGAAAGCAUUCCACAACCAUCAACGACGACCUUCAGCACAACAACAACAACAACAACACAAAGGAGGUCGACAGCACAAGAACGCUAAAUACACAGCUGCUAUCAUUCAUUUUACGUCCUUGACCAAUUAUAAGCGAUUACGAGAUAUGGUGCAUAGCAUGCCAAUACCGCCAAACGGGAUGCCACGUCUUGUGGUGGUACCAAAGCCAGCUGGACCCCGACGAUUCUUGACAGCUUUGCACACUGGAUGGCAUGAUGCUACUGUUGAACCACACUUUAUGCCGAUUGCUACAUCACCUUCAAGUCCAUCAUUAUGGAUGAUGGGAGAGCAUCAUGCACCAUAUCAACAACAACAUCAACAUGCAACAACCCCAGCACCUAUGACGGGUAGAAAAGAUGGAUACAUGACUCCUCAUGUUCAUGAACAAGGCAACCAUCGUCGGGGAAUGUCACCUUCAUCAUCACCAGGAUCAUCAAUGACUACUGCUGCUGCCGAUCAGAAUGCCAACAACAAUGGAUAUUUCAAUGUACUUCGAGGGCAAUCAUCGAGACCAUUAUCACCAGCACCAACAACAACAUCCAAUAGCAAUCGCCAACACAAGUCUUCUCCAUUGGGAGUGGGUGAUGAUAAUGAGGGAGAACAAGGAGUCAAUGAAAGAGGAGACGAGACCAUGUUAUUCUCCUCUUCUUCAUCGCCAUCAUCUCAAUUGCCGCCAAGCUAUCCGCCAUCUGUAAACAACAACAACAAUAAUAACAGGGCAUCACCACCGCAUAAUACGGAUCAAAAAGGGUUACCUACAAGUACCUUACCUCCCGAGACACCGGCAGAAACUCCUGCUCAUGAUGAAAGAGAGAAAAAGGAUGAUGCAGAUACAACAACAUCAGAUGCAGCAAACGCUAAAGUAUCGCCAUCGCAGGAGAACAAACCACACCACGAGGAGAUGGAUCGUGAAGUAGCUGUUGGCGGAGGUGUCGGCCAUGAGAAACCUUCGCUCAUCAAUAGUCUGAGAAGAAAACGCACCGUCCGAUUGAGCAAAAAGCUAAAGUCUGACAGGGGGUCUUCAUCAGGUGCCUUUGCAAAUACCGUAAGCCCGCCUAUCAAUGUGCUUAUUGUGGAAGACAACAUGAUCAAUCAAGCUAUUUUAUCGACUUGGAUGAAGAAACACAAGAUCAAAUGCUCAGUGGCAAGCAAUGGACAAGAGGCCGUUGAACGUUGGAAGGGAGGUGGUUUUCAUCUUGUGCUUAUGGAUAUUCAAUUGCCAGUGAUGGAUGGUAUUACAGCCACCAAGACGAUCCGUUCCAUUGAAAAGGAGCAGCGAAUUGGCGUGUUACCUGCUGAGCAAGAUACCACUACUAUCGCUUCUUCAUCAUCCCUUCAACAAGUACCAGAGGAUACCCAAGUUUCAUCUUUUCAAUCACCCGUGAUUAUCGUUGCAUUGACGGCAUCAGCCAAAGAUUCAGAUCGACAUGCUGCACUUGCUGCUGGUUGUAAUGAUUUCCUUACCAAACCAAUCAGCCUUGAGUGGCUCGAGAAGAAGAUUAUUGAAUGGGGAUGCAUGCAAGCCCUUAUUGACUUUGAAGGAUGGCGGCGAUGGAAGCGGUCCUCCUCUACAACAUCCGUGUCAAACUCCUUGUCGAGUAAAGCAUCAAUGAUACGGUCAUCUGAGUCGAAUUCAGCACGGCCAUCUGCUGCAAUCAACAAGGAGAAGAAUGCAGCGGCAAAAGGGAUGACGACGACAUGCACCAAAGAAUCAACUUGCGAUCAAGAGGAGGAGAAGAAGAAUAGUGAUGAUUGUAGUAGGAGGAGCAACGUGCAUAGCACUGCAGCAGCAACGACGACGACGGAGCAUCCAUCAUCAUCAUCACAACCAAGAAAAGGCUUCCUGCUUUUGGGAUCCGCAGGGUCUACCAAUGCUGUAUCACCAGCAACAAUGGUUAGAAAAUCUCGCAUCAACUCCUCCUCAUCGCAACUACAACUAUCAUCGUCUUCUUGCCCUGGUUCGAUACCUGAGACUGGUGCACCCCAUAUGCUCAAUAAUAGAGCCAUGUCUAUGCUUGCUGUUGGUCAACGACAACAUUCUACCACCACUACUCCUGAUAUCACUUCAAGCAACAGCAACGUACAAGAGCAAUCAUUUAUAUCGAAUGAGCAACAGCCAUCAUCACCACAUGACACACACGAUUCUUCUACUACCACGAACGGCGUUCAGCAGCUGUAG